AUGCGUCCUCAUCUUUCUCCCUCAUUUUUUAGGAACAAAUUCCUAGAACAAAAUUCUACGAGACUUGAGAGUGGACACAUGAUCCAUCCCAUGACCAACUCAAACAAUGAAGAACCUUUUCUAGGUGGAUUUCUUGAGCUCUCUGAAGAGUCAACGAAGGACAAUUCCUCGCCCCUCUCCAAAAAACACAAGGGUAGACCUUCGGGGUCUAAGAGCAUACCGAAACCACCCAUGAUUAUAAUGGAAAACUCAAUUGUUGACAUGGAAAAUAUUGUGCUUGAAAUUCCUAUUGGAAAUGAUGUCGUGGAGGCCAUAGUCGGCUUUGCUAGGCGUCAUGAAGCUAGUAUAGCCGUGACGAAUGGUUCUGGUCUUGUCUCUAACAUUACCUUUCUCGAACCAGAUUCUCGUGUCCCAGCUUUCCAAUUGGAUGGCCCGUUCAAUGUGUUAUCACUAGCUGGAGUGUAUUUAAAUCCUGAUUGUUUCCGUGUUCCUCCUCAACUUGUCAACGAUCCAUUGUGUACCGCAUUUGCCCUUCAACUCUCUGGAUCACGAGGACAAGUGUUUGGCGGAGGGAUUGGAGGGAAGGUUAAUACUGCCAGUGACAUUCAAAUUUCAGCCUCACUUUUCAAGAAGCCUAAAAUCAUUAGAGUGGUGACCACUGAUGGGAAUGUUCAAUUAUUUGAAGAUGAUGACAUCCCAACGAUUGAUGAUGAUGAUACCAAUGAUGGUGUUGUUGAUGUCGGUGAAACUUAA